CACGCCUCUACGAGCACACCAUCCAGCGUCAAGUGACUUUUUAGCCAUCUCUUCAGUUCCUGUAUGUCAGACUUGACCUGUUUGGAGGCUGGGUGAUGCUGUUCCAGGGGUGGGUCGGGUUUACAUUCAGGUCCUCGUUGCGUUGGGGGAGGAUCAGGCCACCCCUCUUUGAAAUCGAGAAGGAGACACACGUGUGUUUUUGCGGGAGUCGCCCUCGCAGCUACGGAACAGUAAUGGCAGAGGAAGCAAAGAAACUCGCUGCGUACGCUGCAGUGGACAACCACAUACAGAAUAACCAGGUCGUUGGUAUUGGUAGUGGCUCUACCAUAGUGUAUGCGGUUGAUAGGCUGUCGGAGAGAGUGCGCCAGGAGAAGUUGAACAUUGUGUGUGUUCCUACCUCCUUCCAGGCGCGUCAGUUAAUCCUGCAGCAUUGCCUCACUCUCUCUGACCUGGACCGGCAUCCAGAGCUGGAUGUUGCCAUUGAUGGUGCUGAUGAAGUGGAUGCAGGACUCACUCUCAUCAAGGGAGGAGGAGGCUGUCUGACUCAGGAGAAGAUUGUGGCUGGUUGUGCGAAACACUUCAUAGUCAUCGCAGACUUCAGAAAAGACUCAAAGGCUUUAGGCCAGCAGUGGAAGAAGGGGGUUCCCAUAGAGGUCAUCCCCAUGGCAUACAUCCCCGUUUCCAGGGCGAUUGCCAAGAGGUUUGGUGGUGAAGCUGUGCUGAGGAUGGCAGUGAGCAAAGCGGGUCCUGUAGUGACUGAUAACAGCAACUUUAUCCUGGACUGGAAGUUUGAGCACAGCCAGAACUGGAAGGAAGUAAACACAGCCAUCAAAAUGAUCCCAGGUGUGGUGGAGACCGGGCUAUUUGUAGGAAUGGCAGAGAAAGCUUACUUCGGCAUGGAGGAUGGAAGUGUGAAGACCAGAGACCCUCCAAUCAUCUAAGACCCCACCAAGCAACUGAGACCUCACCUACCUACCGAGCAUUCAACUCCGAGAUCUUCAGCCUGUCACCUUAACUGACACCUCACCUACCGAGCAUUCAACUCCGAGAUUAUCAGCCUGUCACCUCAAGUGCCCAUGAAGAAGAUAUGAGACACACACACACACACACACACACACACACACAAGCACACACACACACACACAAGCACACACAAUUUUCUACUCCUGUAGCCAGAAUGUCUCUACCACCUCUUCUUGUAAAGUUCAGGCCAGGUGUACACUUGGGGCUGGAUGGGGGAGUGUACUCCGCAAAGCAGAAUCGCUGAAUUAUCUGAUAAGAUGCGUUGACGUGCAACCCAAGCAGCACUUUUUACCCAAAUCGAUGUGCCAGAUUUGGGUGGCUUCCAUGUUGCACUUGGCAUAGUUAUGUGGCUAACAUGGGAAUCGUGCUUUGUGGAAUAUCCCCCUGCUCUUGCCCUAAUGGUUUCACUCAACUGCCAGGGCAUAGCGGAAAGACUAAACCUCACCCAUACUGGACCUCUUACAGACUGGUGCUAAUCCUGAGAGAGGGGUGCUCUGGCUCUUUUCUGUCUCUCUUCUUUCUCUAUGUAUUUCUCUCGCUUGAUUGAGAGCUAGGUAAUUGUGGGGGGUGGGGGUGUUAAUGUCUUUCCCUCUGACUGAGGGAUGCAUUUUUAGCCUAAAAUGCUGUGUAACUGCAUGUCUGUCAAACUGAUUUGACAGUUCACCCAUUCUUGCACGUUUUCUCCGCUCACUUUCUCCGCUCACUGUGCCUCAUGUUUGUUUCUGUGGUGUAAUGGGUUUCUCAGUCGUCAUGUAAGAACCCUAGGCCCUGCAGAUUUGAAGUGCCUCUCCUGUUUCGGACACGCUACUUUAUACUCAUUAGACAAUUACAAUGUCUUUCAGUUGAGGCGAUCAAGGAUUGUGAAUACAGAGAAGGUGUCAGCCCUUAAUUGGCUGAUCCCAUCAAAGCCAGCCAAUCAGUAGCGUUCAAAUCACUUGAUGAGCUCACAGUGGUGUGGUUGAGCAGGAAGGGAGAUGUUGUAACAUGCAGUGGCUAAGGGUCCCAUGAGCAGCACUGAGAAGCCUGAAUACUGCAGUGGCUUUGGCCUUUCGCCACGAAACGCACACGCCGCCUUUUUCUCUCUCUCUUUUUUUUUUUUUUAAACAAACCAAAGGUCGGUGCAUGUUAUGCAUAAGGAUGAGGGAGAGUAGAGUUCUCAGUUUGGUUCACAGAGUGACGCCUCACCAAAAUGUCUAUGUCCAGGUACAAAAGUAUUGGUGUUCCUUAGAUGUAUUUGUUUUAAUGACUCUCAAGUGUGAUUUCUUUUCUCAUUUCCCUUGCAUUGCGAUAGGUACUUGUGAUUGUAUACUUAUGAGAAAAGCAGAAAAUUUGCCUACUAAUUAACAAAUAUUUUUUUGUUAUUUUGAAGUUCAGUUGGAUGAAUUGUGAUGACGUGUUUUGUUUUUUUCAUUGAUAUUUUUGUCUUCUAUGAGAAUGUGCCUGUUGCCAAUGGCCUUGUGGAGUCUCAAAUGAACUGGCCUUAUUUCAAGUCUGUCUUUGCUUGUACUGAUGGUCUGUCAAGUCAUUCAGCUGCCAAAUGCCAUCAUGACAUUGAGGCAUUUUGCUGUUGAAAGAGAAUAUUGAGCAUCUUCGUAGUUCAAAGGCUGUGUAUACCCAUGUUCCAGGGGUCUCUGAUCUACUGUGGAUUUGGGAAAUGUAGUCUGUACCAGCACUACUGUGAAGUGGAAACAGGGAAACUGAUUAUUACUUUAUACUGUGAGUUGCCAUCUUAAACAGGACCAAUCAAAUACAAAA